AUGGAGGAAUUGCUAAUGUCGAUAGUGAAGGAAGCGAUAGGCAGUAAGCUGCAAAAUCUGAAACAGGCUGCACAAAUCGCACACGAGAAACUGUCCCGCCAGCAUGGUAUGCACCGGGACCCAUCCUACGAGUUGCGCUCGGUUUGCUUUACGGCGCUGCAAAUGGCGCUCGAGACAAAACGGCCGAAAUUUAUAACCUAUGGACUGAACGGUUUGCAUCGCAUCAUCCGGGAGGAGCGGUUUUUUAUCGGGAUGGAACCGGAGGAUGACUCACUGUGGCUGCCAGCCCAGUUGCUGCGUGCCACAUCCAGUCUCUCCACCAUCGCGAACGAAGAUACGGUGGUGAACGUGCUGCGGUUGAUCUUGGCGAUGGCCUGCUCGCAGACAUGCACACUCAACGGUCGUCUACUGAUUGAAAUGCUGUCCAAGUGUGGCGAAUGCUGGGAGAAUGGUUCACGCGCAGUUAAGGCGGCCUCGUUGGCCGCCGGCAGCCAAUGUUUGCGUACCUUCUGCGCGUUCCUGAAGGACGAGGCAGAGGAGAUCGUGCGCCUAGACCCGACAGGCAUCAUCAGCCUUGGCAUGGCGGCCGCUGUGUACAACGAGGUGAUACCGGUGAUGCAGUGGCUGUGCAGCAGACUGGUGGAACCGGCCAACGGUAACACCAAGGCGAGUGAGAGUGCCGCGAACAGCUCACUCUACCUCAUGGAGUGCAUACUAACGCUGGUAGUGUCGUUGCCGUCCGAUGUGCACGCCAAUCCCCACUUUACUGCAUUUCUGUGGCAAAAAUUCUGCCCCACCCUGGCCGCAACGAUGGGUUCACCGGGGCGUGUGAACAAGGACAAGAAAUUUACUUACCGGGAUGCGAUUCAUCUGAUCGAAAGCGAGAACAGAGGAUUCUUUACACGACCGGGUUUGGACGGUCCGCAGGCUCGUUGUAUCUAUUUGACAAGCAUUCAGCUACUGCGGAUAGCGGGUGCACAAGGCAGCUUAAGACCAAUGCUAGAAGCAUUGUUUCAUCGGAUGCUCCUGCUACCAGUGCCUAGUAACAGGGCGGAACCUUUGCGCUAUGCGCGAGAAAUCUUUAAAUCACCCGAACGGCUUAUUGAUCUCGCCAUAAUUCUCUACCCGGAUAAGACCCAGAGCAGCAGCGACGAUAUGGCACUAUUCCGGCUGUUGAUUGACGCAAUGGAAGAGUGUGCGGCAGCUUGGCAUCAUGGUAGUGCCUCAGUGUACGGUGCACUUAGCUCGAGUGUGGAGUGUGUGGUAGCCCUGCUCGAAAGCUUGCAGAUUCUUUCAUCUGGCAACUUUGACGAAUCACAAAUCGGCGAUCGAAUUGCAGAAACGGUGAACGAACGUUAUACGACACUGUCGGAUGCUGACUACACCGGUCCACUCACGUAUCAAUCGAUGACCCGUUUACCGCCACCAUACCGGGACGCAGUAGCCGAACUGCGCCAGAGUGGCUUUGAAUCAUCGUCAGAGUCGGAUGCAGAUGGUCCACUGGAGCAAGGUACGAUUGAUCCGGAGUUGGGUUCGGUUGGUUCUGGUGAUACCGAGGGCCCAGAGGACGAGACACAUUCGUCCGGUGACGACGUGUCGUCCAAAACCAGCCAGGGCAACUGGCUGUGGGCGCACAUAGACGACUCUGGAUCGAGUGGCCGUUCUGAUGGUGAUUGUGACAGACAACAUGCGAGAGAUUUUGCUGGCAUUCUGGCAGGGGAGCUUGUGUCAUCGUUGCUGCGGCUCAAGACGUCCAUCGAGAUCGAUGAAGCAGUUCAGGAGUUUGCGUCGCGAGUUUGCCAGCGUAAUAGUGCUACGCGCGGUGACGGCGAUUACGGUGCGCUCACUGCGCUCAACGCUGACGGCAUUUAUCUAGCGACCUAUUCGGCACUUCUGCUGGCACUGCAACUGGUCAGCGGAGGCCACUACGACGAGGACGGUGGUGGUGGAUGCAGUGACGGCCAAAAGCCGUCAGCGAUACCACUCACCGAACAGCAAUUUGUAACCUCGGUGCAGAAUUCUGGAAUACUAGUAUACCUGUCUGCAGCAUGGCUUCGCGAGCUUUACCAGUGCAUCCUAGCAGCAAAUCCGCUGCAAGCGCUGAGCGUCACGCUGCGUGUCGGUGAGCAGACAGGCACGCAUUGCGCGCUGCUCGACAUGCUGCAUGAUGCAGGCGGUACCGGCCCCACACAGAUGCUAUCUGACUGGCAGCGGCUACAAUCGGUGGUACGGAUACAUAGCGAACAGACCCCCAAACAACGAGCAGCCCGUAAGAUCGCUCGCCGUCUGCUAACCUGCUGCUGGGAUUCGAUGGUGGCGGUGCUGACGGCUGGAUUAGGAGAGGUAGACGGCUCGCCCACGACUCGUCUAGUGAAGCUGUCUAAAAAGACGCUGCGUGUACGCAAGGAAACGCGUGGCUCGGGAGAAACACUGUAUGCGCUGAGCCUGGAUGGACUCCACGCGGCAGCGACGCUUAGUAACGCUCUCAGCCUGCAGCACUUGGCAGGGAAAAUUAUCAAUCUUAUCGCCUCGAACGUAUGUCAGAAUGCAGGCCCCAAGAUCCCGGCCAGCCACGCGCUCUCUAUGGAUGUGGUAUUAUCGGGAGGGCUCGAGUUGGGUUCCCACAGCGCCGACUGCUGGUUGCCGGUGUUUUCCGUGUGUCGUCACGUAACCCAGCUCGAGCAUGAUCUGUUCAGUUCGCAAAACAAUAACACUAACGUUGGUAAUGCUUCGGGCGUCGGGCAAUGUAAAGACGCGUCGGACCAGCAGUUCGGCAAGAACGAGGCACAGUCGGACAGGCAGCACCUUUCACUUUACUCUGUAGAUGAGGAUGAAACAUGCGUCGACGUUUACAGCUUUCUGCAGGCACCGAACACAAAUGCCAAUAUUAACGUUAUCACUAUAUUGAAGGCGUACUCUGGAAAUGAUGCGGUAAACCUGACGCAGCCGGAUACAGCCAAAAUGCUGUGCGCACUGUCACACCAAGCCGACGUACUAUUUUCGGAGGCCGCAGAACGGCUCAGCCUGCCCGCCCUACAGCAGUUCCUCAGGAGCUUAUGCAAAGCAUCAAGGGAGCAGCUUUAUCGCAGUACGUCGCUCAAGAAAGGUAAAAAGUCCUGGUGGCUCGGACGACCGUGGAAAAUUAAGAACGAUUCUUUGCCGCUGUCGUUACUGUUGCAUCGCGUCGGAGAUGUAACAUUAAAGGUGUUCCGAGGUCCCCGUCCACUGUUGCAUGUGCUCAAAGUUUGGGCAAUUACUGGGCCACACCUGAUGGAUGCCGCUUGUCACAAGGAUCGCAGUAUCUCGAAGCGUGCGAUUGAAUACAUUCACGAUAUAAUUACAGCGCUGUUGGUUGAGCAGACUGAGUUGCCACACUUUCAUUUUAACGAGGCGUUGCUUAAGCCGUUUGAAAAUUUACUCAGCAUGGACUCCUGUGACAUUGACGUUCAGGAUCAAAUUGUAGCAUGUCUGUAUGAGAUUGUUGAAGCACACCGUACGGAGAUACGGUCAGGCUGGAGGCCUCUGUUUGGUACGCUGCGUACUGCCCGAAACCGGCCGGUACAUUUGUCCAACAUCAUCGACAUCUUUCGCGUAUUUCUCGAAACGGACAACAUGCUGGUAUUCGCUAACGCGGGGCUCGAUUGCAUCCUCUGUCUGCUAUCGUAUCUGGAGAUCUCCGGCAGCGGACCAUCGGCGGCCGACCACGGCCAAUACCCGGCAACGGGCCCGGAAGACAUAUCGCUAACGAUGCGCUCAGGCGACUUCCUGUACGAUGCACUCAAAUUUCUUGAGCGUUGCGCGACCAUAUUGGACUUUAUGUACAACAUGCCACAGUGCCCAAAUUUGCACUCCACCUACAAAAUCAAAGGCAUUACCUAUACGCACAUAAUUGACGCGAACAUACCAAACUCGAUGGAAAACUUUACGUUCUUCGGACAGGACUAUCUGCAAAACACUAACGAACAGUGCAUGAUCAGCUAUCGCUCGCUGCACAUCGACAAGGAGUCGAUUAGGAAAAUAGACGAUCUUGACCGGCCGAGCGGUGUACUGAAAGUGUGGUUUCUCCUGCUGGAUGGUCUCACAAACUCCUUAAUCGUGUGCCCAAUCGCACACCAAUCGCCAAUACUGCAGUCUAUAUUUAAACUAUUUAAGGCACUCAUGAUUAGCCCGGGCGUGGAGUUUGGAUUCUACUGCAUCAACCACCUGCUGAUACCGAUGAUUCAGGACUGGUUGCGGUACGUGAAUAAGGCGCAGAAAAACUGGAUACUGAUAGAUAAAAACUUUAAGCAUUGCUGCUGCAUGACUACUGAUCUGGUGGUAGACUUUCUCGCGAAAUCGCAAUCGCUCGAAACGCUGGGUGAUCGAGUGGUGAUCGGUAGCGAGUCAUUGCUCGGCCACAACACGCUAACUACAUCGCCACCAUCUACUGCUAGAUCGAACAUGCGAGGAUCGUCAGAUGGGAAGUACCAGCGUCAAAGCAAAUCCCACGAUGAUGAUCAAUCAGCUGGCAAGGCAUUCUCCUCGUUCCGUCUCCCUAGUUCAGCCAUAUUAGCACUGAAGCAGCUACUGCUGGUGCUAAUCGAAUGUUCUGCCCAGUCACAAGAAACAAUCGCAAGGGUCGGUGUCUCCUGCAUGAAACACAUCAUCUUCUCCGCCGGUUAUAUGUUCGAUGAAGAUCAGUGGGUGAUUAUCGCAUCCGCCAUCCAUCGGGCCAGCACGGUCUCGAUGGCACCACUGAAACAGCUAAUAUUUGCGUUCAAUCGCAACUCCAACAGUUUCUAUGGCGAUUGCGCGAACGUGAAGGUAGCUGCUCGACGGGACAGUACGCCCGAGGAACUGCAGCGGAUUCAUUCGUUGGCGCAGCAAGUGUUCCUGAUGGACACACAGCGAGAUGCGCUUGGUGGGCGUAAUCUUGCAGUACCACAAGAAGACAGAUCGUACUCGUUUUUGCUGUACCCGUUACAGUGCAAUGGAGGGAUUGCACCGUCGGUAACUACCACUACCGCUGGAUCUACGCACGCGUCCGGGAUAUCCUCGUCGUACGGACUAGCAGUAGACUGCUACAUAAUUCGCAUUCCAUAUCGCAAUUUGAUUGUUGGCAUGCUUGCCAGCCAGAUGUUGCUGCAGUUGAUCGCAAAUAUUUUACUGAGCGGUCUGUCGAACGUGCCGAGUGAGCUCAACACCUGCUUCUAUACCAGCGGAGCGGAAGCAUCCACUGGUGGUUCAGGCGCGGCUCCACAAAACAGUUCCAACGGGUCGAAAACACUAUUCUACCUCGGACAGAAUAGCAGAGAGAUAUUGUUGCGUGCGUUGCGCCAGUUCCUGAUUGCGGCAGUCGAGUUUGAUACACGGCCCGGGUUGAAGUUCCUGAUACAGAAGGUAUCUGGCAUUGAUUAUGCCGCCAAUCUGUACAAACAGAUGAACUCAUCGUGGAUAAUUCACUACAUGGCGCUGGUGGAUAUGUAUCUUAACAACGUGCGCAUACAUAACCUCACAGCCGAGGACGUUCGAUAUCUGCUAAGUUCGUGUUGCGACCAGUACUCGUCCGGACUGUAUCCGAAGGGUGACGAGAAAUGUAUCCAUUAUCUAUUUGCAUUGCGAGAUUUAUGGGAGAUGAUCGCAGACCACUUCAUACAACACCUCGAGAGUGAUCGCGAACGCAACUUUUCUCGCAAACCGCAUAAAUAUUCGGAAGUUUCUGAAGAAUCGGACAAUCAAUUCGGCGAGAAUCGCGAUGGCACUGAGCCGGGCAUCGUGUACUAUGCGGACCAGUUAAGCGAAGACAGUGGACACCAGGCAUCGGGAUUGAAACAAAGUAACGAAGGCAUUCCCACUAGGAGAGAAACGAAAAAUUUAUCACAUCCGCAUCAUCCUUGCUACUUGCCGAACACGAACGGACAGCCGGCGCAAGAGCAGGCAAAGGAGUUUGAGCCACUGAAUCAACAACAACCGGACCAAACGGAACAGCCGCAUGUGUUGAACAAUGCGACCAAAUGCGAAAAUCAACCAGCAACGACCACAGCGGAUAGUGAGCGACAGAAACAGUCCGUACCGCCGGAAAUUGAACAACAGCGUGCACUCAGUAUCCAGAAAGACGUAUCGCAUAAAACAUCUGCCUUAAGACAGCUUAUCGUUGCUUCUAUUGAGUUGAUUAAGCUUUUGCCGAACGAGCAGUCGGAGUUUCUACAGUUGCUGCUUACACCCCGAAUCCGUGAAGCGUUUCACUUUGUCGAGGAAAAGAAUCCAUUCCUAUCGCUGGACGCACAUAACUAA